AUGGCGGACGAUCCGAUCUACCGACGUGACCAGUUCCUCCAACUCCUGACGGACGCGUGGUUCACCGCACCGACAGUCAUGAUGGCGCAGGCACAGGCAGCCUCCAGUCGAGUGUACCAGUACGAGCUGCAGCACAGCGCGUCGGUCUUCUCUUACCGCCCGCCGUACGUAAAGGUUGACCACGGUGAUGACGUGUUCUUCAUGUUCGGCAUCCCGCUCCUGCGUGACGUCACCGGCAACUCCUGGAAGUACAGCUUCACCCAGGAGGAGAGGGACCUGAGUCUGGACAUGAUGGCGUACUGGGUCAACUUCGCCACUAACGGAGACCCCAAUGACUCUGCGGGAGCGGUGCGCAUGCGUGACAUGGUGCACUGGCCACGUUACACUUCUUCAUCCCAAGAGUACCUCCGGCUGGACGUGACGUCAUCUGCUGACGUCAGGCUGCGGGAGUCCCGGAUGAAGUUUUGGAACGAGGAGGUGCCGAGGCUGAUGGGAAGGGAGGUUCGAACCGCCGGGUCGGAUGAACUUUGAACCUUUGGCUACUUUCGUCACUGUAGCGAUAGUCUCCAAAGACUCUAUAAUCACAAAUUCUAGUUUGCGUAAGAUGUGUACCCCAGUGUUAGGUCUGGUAGCCUUUGUGCAGUUAUUUUGUUGUAGCUAGGGUUCAAGCUUGUUGCCUCUUUGCCUAAUUCGAUUAAUUGACAUUACUAAUCGUAGGGCAGGUUUAGGAUUGCCAAUUUACGACAUUAUUCAGUCUUGGGACGACAGUGAAUGUGACGAAUGAAGUUCAAUCACGUCCACAUUUACCCUCUUGUGAGCGCGAUCCGCGGGAUAGAACAUUUUAUUUACUUAUCAUUUAUUAUAGAUUUACAGAAUAAAUCUGUAGGGCAUGCAGAAUCAAUGCAUAAUUUACAAGGCCAACUUUAGGGUACAGUUAGAAAUGAAUUAGUAAAAAACAUACAAACAACAACUAGCAACGAAAUACAUUAUUAGAAGUCAUAACAAUGGCGACGUAUAGUAAUUAGAUUUGAUUCAAUAGACAAAACUAACGGAGAAAGCAUGUACCUAAUAACGGAACCCUAUCAGAAGUAGCAGAUCUGCUAGCUUCAGUGAGUUUCCAGGAAACUACAGAAUAUGACCAACACGUUUCGUUGCUGCUGA